CGUUGCUCCUUCUCGAACAUCAAAUGUGCAGGUGCCGGUGUUCGUGACUGCGAUCUAUUUGAUGAGCUUUGGCUUGCAAUCUAUAGCCCUCGUGGCAUUCAUAUCUUUAAGCACCCUGGUGGCAAAGUUCGUUUCAGCCUCACUGGCGUGCAAGAGCAUGAGGGGCAAGGAAUACAUUUGUUCGCCAGCCAAAGUGUGCUCGAUGUCAGGGAGGCCCUUGAUGAAAUGCUCCACAAGAUGGAAAAUUGGGGCUGCCAACCUCUUGCAACUAUUCUUUGGUGAUUCUAUUAUGGUUCUUACCAUCUUCUGAAUGAUACUGCACAGACCAGCCAGGCCAAUCGAACGCAAAAGGGAGCUAGCCCGGCUGUAUCCGCACACCAGGGGCCUCAGCGCUUAGCUUCACAGGCGGUGUGCGAUUUUGUACGGAUGGCUGCAAGCAACAACUUGUCCUGCAUGGAACCUCUGAAGAAAAGGGAGCCAACCUAGUGUGUUGCCGCUCAGUUCGUGAAGGAGCCUCGGAGGCGUUCAGAUUGGACGAGGUGACACAUGGGGCUCAUGCGGCAGUGUGGCUUCUUUGCUGUAGGAAUUUAUAGCAGUUUCUGCUUGAUUUUGUUCCUCGGUGAACCCCCGGAUGGUGGAACCUCCCAGUGAUGAGUUUUUUCAGCAACCUAAGCUAAACCAUCCAGUGCACCUCUCAUCACCUCUCAUAUGCUCUCAUAGCCCAAGUGGUCAGUCUGUUGGACGUGUUUUUACAGUAUUGGCCCUGAUAUGCCUCCACCUAUUCACUGAAUUCAUUCACACCCUUCUUGGCUCAGCACUUUUCACCGGGCAACUGGGGUGCGGAAUGUCCUGGCUGCCAAGCUGCAAUGCUGCAGCCACGUGUGCCAGCUACGAUGGCGAACGUGUUUGAAAGGCAGUUGCGGUGUUUGGUGCUGAGUGCCUCACAGUUCCAGCACAUUCUGAGUGAUCUUGGGCGAACCAGCAAGGCCUAUGUUGGUCGUUCUGGCCAUGAACUGUUUUUGCUUUCAUCCAAUCGUCGUGGAAUGAUCCUGCAAGAGUUUUGCAAGAAGGAGCUGGCCCAGUUGCAUCCGCACAGCACAAUCGCAGAACCUACCCGAGGGAAUCGUUGCAAUGGAGCUCAAAGGUCAGCUUCACAGGCGGAGUAUGACUUUAGUGUGGAUGGGCGCAAAGUUGAGUGCAAGAGUGCGCAAAUGUCAUGGCAGAGAAAGGGACAACAUUGGGGUGUACAAUUUCGUGGCAUCAAGCUGCCGUGGCCAGGUUUUCGGGACCGGGCCCCAUUUGACGAUUUGUAUCUCACAAUGUUCAGCCCAGAUAGCUUGCACAUCAUCAAGCAUGACCUUCGGACAAGAGUUACCUCAGCUGGCAAGUCGACUGGAAGCAGUGGCCAUGCCAUUUGUGUCCGCGCUGCUGCCGCGCAAGAGUGUUGGCAAACUGCACGAUCUCAAAUCCUCAACAAGUUCCUGGCUGCAGGUCCCUGCAAACUUGUGGCUCAGUUGGACUUGUCUGCCGUAGAAGUUAGGGCCAUUCUGGCACGUCAACUGGAAGGAAUGGCAGCACUCCAGGACUACGAGUUCCAGGGGGUGCCAUUGAACCAAAUGGCACCACAGCUGCGCGGCGUGCGAAUUGAAGAAAUAGCAUUUGAAGUGGAUCAAAUACUCCACCCAAAUUGCUCAUUUUCACGAACGUUUUCGAAAGUAGACUGGGUACGUGAUGAGGUCAGAGUGGAAGUCAAGCACGGGAUGAUGCGUUUCAACCAAGGCAGGAAUUCGUGGCAAUGUUCUUUCUCAAACAUCAAGUGUGCCAGCCGUGGUGUUCGUGACUGCGACCUAUUUGAUGAGCUUUGGCUUGCAAUCUACAGCCCCCUCGGCAUUCAUAUUUUUAGACAUCCUGGUGGCCAAGUCCGCUUCAGCCUGACAGGUUUGAAAGAGCAAGAUCGUGGACAGGAAAUGCACGUCCUGGGCAGCCAAAAGCAGCUUGAUGUCAGGGGGGCGCUUGAUCAAAUGCUCAAGAAGGUGGAGAAAUGGGGCUGCCAACCUCUUGCAACUAUACUUUGGUGAUUCACGAUUCCUUGCGUAAGAUGCCUUUUCUUUGUUUUCCGGCAGCCGCGGUGCUCCAACUAACGACACCUUUUAGCAGGCAAAGGCAACUUCUACAAGGCCAUUGGAUGCUCAGCCGGAAGUCAAUAAUGCGUAAACAUUACGCUGUGUGCAUGGCAUCCUGCCUGAUCGGAACCCCAAGGCCUUUCCUGUCAAAAUGGACUGUGCAAAGGCUGUUCAAGCUUGGGCGCAUUCUAUUGGCAUUCGUGGGAACUGCCUAGGGGCCUAGCAGAAGACACAAGACAGUCCAUUCAAUACCGUACACCCCUUUUGGCCCACCGGUUGCUGUUGAAUCUUGGCACCAACCUAUACCGUCGCACAGCAAUGCAUCCUUCGGGGUCAACCACAGCCGAGCGUCUACCCUCCGCAUCGUUGAGGCCACGAGUGCGAGAGGGAGACCCUUUUGAAUGGACUUGAACAUGGGUGUUCUUGAUCUGAACAUGGAUGGAUUGGUUUCCGGGUACAGGCCCGCAAAGGUGAUAAAGAGAAGAAGGGGUGGAAAGUCAGGUGCUAGGCAGCUGGUCUACCUGAGCCUUUGUAGAAAUACUGUGCCAUGCCCGCGUCCGAAUGUAAAGCCUGUUGAUUCCAGCAUGAAAGAACGAGUACGGGGCAGAAGAACUGUCAGUACGGUUGGCCGACCCUCUUGUGCAAUUUUUGUUUGCUCCAGCUGCAAGGUGCUUGACGACAGGGAUGCCCUUGACAGGGAUUCCCUGGACGAAAUGCUCCACAAGAUGGAGGCAUGUGGCUGCCAACCUCUUGCAACUAUUCUUUGGUGAUUUCCUGGUUCUGCAACUCUACAUUUAAGUCCUUUCUUUCUUUGUCCCAUCCAGUCGUGGUGCUACAAGCGUGACGCAUACAUUGAUGUUGCUUGCAAUGACGGUCUUGAUUUGGACCCAACACCCUCAAGAUGCCAUGCUUAUUGGGUUUGUAUGCCGAUGUGUGAACAUUGUGGGACGCAUGUUACCUUACUGUACCGCAACGAACCUCAAGGCGUGUCAUGUUAAAAUGAACCGUGUGAAAGCCAGCUGCUCAAGACUGAGGACCAGC